AUGCACCCCUUUUCCAUCCUCACCCUCGGUAUUUUCGUAGCGGGCUACAUCACCGCGAGGUGGGAUCUUGUUACACGGCUGUACGAACUGGCGAUUUUUGCCUGGGACCACGGCGUUGUGCACCCCCGAUACGUGCAUCUCGGCGUCUCUGCCCGGGAACAAUUGCGCCGCCGAGGCUCGUUUUAA